UGAGCAGAGAGGCCUACAGCUGUAAUUGAGGAAGCUGCCCGUUCUACUGGCUUUUACAGUGUCCACCUGAACGUCACCAGAAGUCCGCAAGCAAUAGUGCCGCAAGCAGCUGCUUUAUGUCUUAUACCUGAAAAGCGAAACACUACCAAAGCCAUGGUUCUGUUGAUUCUGAACCUUAAGUGAAGGAGGAUAGGAGGUGUCAGUUAGACAGCUCGUCGUUUAGGUUAUUGGCACCAAAACGAUCAUACGUUAUAGAGAUUUGAAUGCCUCCGGGUUCCUUCCUAUCAUCUGGCCGGAAUGGAGGAGCCCUCGCAGAUGAGGCCCUUAACACGCUACGGAGCAACGUAACUACACAAGCUAGAGAAGGGUACAGACCGCCAUUCUCGUCGUCGAGAGAUGAAGUCGGCAAGGCGUUUCAAUCAGCACACAAGUCCACGGGAUGGGACAGGAAGGCCCGAACACAGCGCGCCGAGAACAUGGCCCGGUCUGCCAUGGGUAUCACGGGCAUGGAUGACUCGCUAAACAACUGGAGUCCAUCGAAUGUUUCAGACCCGAUGGGCGCCGACCGGCGCGGCGGCGGCGGCCCGCUGAUGGGCGCCCGGCUGAGCACCUCCAGCCUGGCGGGCGGCGGCGGCGGCAGCGGCACCAUCGCGGAGCUGCGCACCCCGGUGGCGCUGAAGGAGCACCUGAAGCGGGGCAAGGGGGCGCGGGAGGCGGGCAUACAGCUGAUCACGCUGGAUGCGGUGCCCGGAGAGGAGCCCCCGCCCCUAGAGCAGGCGGCGGCGCUGGCAGCGGCGUACGAACAGCGCCGUACAAUGUUGGGCACGCCGUCGUCGCCGUGCCGCCAGCAAAUGCUGACGCCAACCGACCGCGCUCGCCGCGCCUGGACCAACUACGGAAACGCGAACAGCAUCCUCCUCCAGACCGGCAAUGGGGAUGUUAGCGGCGGCGGCGCCAAUCCGACGACCCCACAUGCGCGGCCCAUGACGCCGCGGCGCUUCUCGGAUACUGGCACUGCCAGCGGCGCUGCCGGCGGCGGCGGCGGCGGAGGGACCGGCGCCGCCGCCGUCGGCAUGAACAGUCACGUCAGCGGCCUGCCACUCGCUUUCCGCAGCGGCCCCGAACCUAACAGCAUCAUUGCGCGAUGCAGCGCGGACAAGCAGCAUGCAGCAGCAGGACAAGCGGGGCAGGCGGCGUUUGAAGCACCCGCAGCAGGGAACGCGGGAUCAACAGGCACUCCCUUGUUCUCGGCUUCUCCUCCCCUUCAUCACCGUGCCUUUGCUGAGCCCGCCGUUACAGCCGUCUCUGCUACCGCUGUCGCCGCAGCGGCAGCUGCCGCCAAGGCUGGUCAAAAUGGCGGCGGCGGCAGUGGCGGCGGUGGCGGUGGCCUCUAUCCGGACGCGCUGACGGGAGUUCUCGUACCGUUAUCCCCUCGGGGCAGCAACGGCAACCUGGCAGAUCGAAACGGCGGUGGCGGUGGUGGUGGCGGUGGCUCCGCCGCUGCCUUGGGUGCGGGUCUGGGCGGCUGCUGCAUCAGCAGCCCGCCGCUGACCGCCUCCCUGGAGCCCCUGAUGGCCCACAAGCGCCGCCAUGUUCCGUGACAGUACGGCAGCGGGUCCCGGUACGGCAACCCAGCGGAAGCUGCCGCCGUGGCCGCUGUCGCCCGUGGAGUCGUCGUCGACGUCAGCAGCGGCGGCAGCGUUGCCGCGGCUAGCGGACAUGCAGCGGCCGAUGGCUCGUUGUGCUUCCAGAGGGGGAUCUGGAUUUAGUUUUGGAGUCGGUACGGCAGGAGGCGCCGCCGCCGCCGCUGCUGCUACGGAGUACGCCACGAUUACGGAUCGGAUGAAGCAGUAUGCCGUACCCAGCUCCUUGGAUCCUGCCUCCGCCUCCGUUACUCCGACGCCCUUUCUGUGCAAGGUGGCAGCAGCGGCACCUUUGAGCCGUGCUGACGCGUCCUCCGGCGGCGGCGGCGGCAACGGCGGCGGGAUGAUGAUUCCUCCCACGACGCCGCUAUCAUCCAUCAAAGACGCUGACGGCGGCGGUGGCGGUGUCGGCGGUACCGUUAGCUCUAUCCGUUGCCCCCGACCGCGGACCUCCGCAACAGGGAACGGUACGGCAGCCUCACCUACCUCCCCGUCCCCCGGCAGCAACUACCCCUCCCCUCAGCCCCUGCUCAUGCAACUCGCACAGAUGGCACUCGGGGGUGAACCGGAACCCAGCCCCGCCCCCGCCGUCGUCUGUAGGAGCCCCUUGUCCUCACCCGCCACUCCCACUGCCGCAUGCCCGUCUUCCCUGGACCUCCAUGCCAGCUCCGCUACGACCCCCACCACUCCGCCCGCUCCGCAGCAGCUCCGCAUGCUCGCACCCAUGUCCCCCUCCGCGCAACAAUCCGCCGCCGCCGCCACCGCUGCUGCUGCUGCAUCUGCGCCCCUGCCCACGCCCCUCCGCACAUCCCCAACAGCAGCAGCAGCAGCAGCCCCAACAACACCCACAGCAGGCAGCCCCGUCCCUGUCCCGCCAUCUCAACGCCCCGCCUCCGCCCGCCAUCCCACCUCGUCCAUGCUCCUCACACCUCGUUCCCUCCCAGCCGCCUCCUCCGCUGCCAUCUCCCCUCAGCCCCCCGCACAGCAGCCCUCACCCCCCGCCGCACCCCCGGGAUACACACUGGGACAGCUCCCCAACUUUCGCCGCAUCACCGCUCCCAGCUGCAACAACCAACAAAUUACCCCGAUCCAGCAAAACCAAACCACGGUUCACUUUGCCGUACCGAGUCACGGCCAGGGCUUUAAUACAGCGGGUGCAGGGGCAGCAGCAGGCGGCGGAGGUCGGGUUCUGGGGGCCUCACCACAGUCCCCCUCACCGCCACACCUGCCCCGCCCUCCAAGUGCCUCCCUCACGAACUCCCCAGCGGCGCUGGCGGCGGCGGCGGCGGGUACGGCAGCCCUGGCGUCACUCGGCGUCCUGAGGACCAUCCACGUCAGACCCACCGCCGCUGCCACCACCUCCUCCUCCUCGGCGAGUAACGCCGCCGCCGCCGGCGCCGCUGCAAAUGCGGCCGGCGGUGGCGGUGGCGGUGGUGGUGGAGCUGCUCGAGUGGUUGUGAUCGGCGGCAGCAGCAGCCUGACAUCGACUGCCAGCAGCAGCGUUGCCGGCAGCGGCGGCAGCAGCAGCAGCACAAGCACCAACGCAAGCACCAGCACCGGUACCAGCAAAACCGUACGGAAGAGCGGUAGCAACAUCAGUCACGGCAGCUUGAGCAGCGGCAGUGGCAGCAACCCUAACCUCGGCACCGGCAGCAGCAGUAGCUUUGCUAACAACGCUGUCAGCGGUAGCAAUGCCAGCAGCGCUAACAACAUGGGCGCCUUGGGCAGCAGUAGCAACAAGACCCGCACUCCCAUCAGCGAUACGGUGCUUGCGGAGCUCCGAGCCGUCGCCUCGGAGGUCGCUGUUGAGCUGAGUCAGCAGGCGGAGGCGGCGGAGGCGGAGGCCAAGCUGUUGCUGGCGCUGCGGAAGAGUCAGAGG